AUGAAAAAUCCAUAUCAAACGUUAGAAGAAGUAAAACAAUUACCUGAAAUCACAACACUUAUAGAAUUACGUGAUUGUCCGUUUAUCGUAAAAUUACAUGAAGUUUUAUUUGAUUUUAAGCAAAAAUCUCUAGCACUUGUUUUCGAAAAACUUGAUAUGAACCUAUAUGAAUACACUUGCAUGGUUGGAUCCGGUUUACCUACCAAAGAAGCGUCACUAAUCAUAUAUCAAAUUCUUCAAGGUUUAUCUGCAAUGCACGCAAAAUACCUAUUUCACAGAGAUAUGAAACCAGAAAACUGUAUGAUUAAUAGGGAAACUCUGGAAGUGAAGAUAGUCGACUUGGGAUCAACAAGAAAAUCUUUUGAAAGAGGUCCAUACACAGAAUACGUAUCAACUCGAUGGUACAGAGCCCCUGAAAUUCUUUUAACAUCUGGUCAAUAUGGCCCUUCUGUUGAUGUUUGGGCUGUUGGAUGCAUGUUAUAUGAAUUAUUAGAAAAUCGUCCAUUAUUUCCAGGUAAACAUGAAUUAGAUCAGAUUAAUAGAAUUCAUGCUCUUUGUGGUACUCCAACAAAAGAUAUUCUUAAGGUAUUUUUACAAAAUCCGAAUACUCAAUUAAAUUAUAAUUUUCCAUACAGAAGAAGACAGCAUAUUGCUGAUUUCAUGAGUCCUACAAGUUUCUUAGUCACAGACUUAAUAGAAGAUUUAUUAAUAUAUAAUCCUUUAGAUCGAAUAACUGUAGAUGGAGCUUUAGCUCACCCAGUUUUUGCGGAAUUGAACGAAUUAUAUGCAAAAUGGCAUGAAUAUGGUUGUCCAGGAUCAUAUGCUUCAUUUGUCGUCAAUGGACCACCACCUGCACCUAAAACUCAGCCUGCUCCAAUACGUCCUCCAAUAGAAAUUGAGCCACCACCGCAGGAACCACCUGCAGAAGCAGAAUCCCUGACUCCUAUUAAACUUGAAAAGAAGAAAAUGGUUUCAGAAGCUAGAAAAGCGGCUGUUGAACGAAUUAAAGCAUACAACAAGUUACAUGCUUCUCAACCUCCGGCUCAAUCAAUGGCUUCGAGGGGAAUUGGUGUUGUUUUAGGUAAAAAGUCGCUUCCAAAGCCUAAACCCGGUCCUUAUAAAUAUCCUGCAUUUAGGAAGCCUGCAGCUCUUCCUCCAAUGCUUACAUUUUCGGCUGCAUUUUAA